CGGGUACAGUUCCGUCCGUAGAACAGAUACCGGAAAUUGCACUGGAAAAUAAUUUCGCACUCAGCGGAAGAGGGAGGAAGCUGAACGGCGCCACUUCCGGAAUGAACAGGGCGUGACGUCUGGGAAAAGUUUUCGUGGGGCACCGGGAGAGUGAAGGAAAUGGACAAAGGUCCGGAAAUGUGACGGAGCGAUAGUUCUGGAGGCCGCUGACGAGUCCUGCCCCCCCAUUACUAUGAGUAUCCUGAACUGUAGGCCCAGUUUCGACGGGGUAGAUACGGACGACGCCUGCUGUGGGGCUAUGGCCAGCGCUUGCUGCGUGAACACCAAGGAAGAUGGUGAGAGUCCCUCAGCCGGAUCCCCCAGCGGGACCCCACAAAGCCUGGUUUUGGAGGACGUUCAGGGCUACGACGUGGAGUUUGAUCCUCCCUUAGAAAGCAAGUACGAGUGCCCCAUCUGCCUCAUGGCUCUGCGGGAAGCUGUACAGACACCCUGCGGCCAUAGGUUUUGUAAGGCCUGUAUCCUCAAAUCUAUCAGGGACGCAGGUCACAAGUGCCCAGUGGAUAAUGAGAGUCUCAUGGAGAACCAGCUGUUCCCGGACAAUUUUGCCAAAAGGGAAAUUCUUUCUUUAAGGGUGAAGUGCCCCAGCCAGGGCUGCACAGAGACCAUGGAGCUCAGGCAUCUAGAGCGUCACUUGGUGCGGUGCGAUUUUGCCGGCGUCGAAUGCUCCCAGUGCCAGAGCUCCUUCCCGAAGUAUUCCUUGCAGAAGCACAAGUUCGAGGAAUGUCCCAGGCGCCAGAUAUUCUGCGAAAAUUGUGCUGUGGCAAUGGCGCUUGAAGACAAGUUGAAUCACGAUCAAACCUGCCCUUUGGCCUACGUGACAUGUGAAUACUGUCAGACCAAUCUCAUCCGCGAGCAGAUGCCAGCUCACUACAGUAUGGAUUGCACCAUGGCUCCCAUCCCCUGCAUGUACUAUGAGUUUGGAUGUACAGAAAAGAUGCAGAGGAAUGAUCUGGCCCGGCACCUACAGGAGUUCACCCAGGCACACAUGCGCAUGAUGGCCCAGACCCUGCGCAGCUUCAGCAGCUCCGUAACUCCAACCAGCCACAUGCCCGAUAUCUCAUUCUGUGACCCCAGCCAGUUUGAGCCUGCCCCCCCAUCCGUGGCCACUGUCCACUCCACCCAUACGCCGUCCCAGAAUGACUGUACACAGGAGACCAGGAACCUCCGGGAGACCAUUGAGCAGCUGGAAGGCCGCCUUGUGAGGCAGGACCACCAGAUCCGCGAGCUCAUAGCCAAGAUGGAGACUCAGUGCACCUACGUGAAUGAACUCAAACACACCAUCCGUUCUCUGGACAACAGACUGGGCGAGAUGGAGUCGCAGCAGUGCAGUGGGAUCUUUAUAUGGAGGAUCAACAAUUUCAAUUCACUCCUGAAGAACCAAGAAGAGGAGCGGCCGGUGGUUAUUCACAGCCAAGGGUUCUACACCGGGAAGCCUGGAUAUAAGCUUUGCCUAAGGCUGCACCUCCAGCUUCCCAGCGCCCAGCGAUGCGCCAACUACAUCUCCUUGUUUGUCCACACAAUGCAGGGCGAGUACGAUAGCCUCCUACCUUGGCCGCUCCAGGGAACCAUCCGUCUGUCUAUCCUAGACCAAUCAGAAGGAGUCGCUAUGCAGGACCAAGAGGAAGUGAUGGACACCAAGCCAGAAUUGCUGGCCUUCCAGAGGCCAACGGUGGCGAGAAACCCCAAGGGCUUCGGCUACGUCACCUUCAUGCACCUACAGGCGUUAAAGCAGCGGCAAUACGUGAAAAACGACACCCUCCUCGUGCGCUGCUCAGUGACUACUCACCUGGAUCUGAUCAGCCCCCGCCGGGAGGGCUUCCAGCCACGCAGCGGAGACGGGGCCCUAUAGUCUUGGACCGAGGUGCAGUCACAUGAUCCUGAGUUCUCGAGCUGACUCGCCUGGCACGUGGCUUUGCUAUGCAGGGAGUUGUAGACUGAAUUCUCCGAACCGAACAAACCCAAUUAAAUCAGAGUGGCCCAUUUUACAUGGAAUACAGCUUUAUUUUAUUUCUACUGGUAACCAGUGUGGGGUCUAAAGGGUAUUUCCUCUUGCUGUCUGCUGCCAUGUACUAUAGGGGGCUGCUAGCGUACGGACGGAACACAUUCUUCUGCUGGAAUGGGCCCUCCGCCUGGCACCGGCGCCUACAUGGGAUUUAUCUUUCUCAUUGGAAAUGAUCUACUACAGGGUUCCUUGGCGGAACACAAUAAGGCUCAUUUACAGCACGGGGAGCUCUGUGGCUUAUGGGGGAGUCAUAGAGAACCGUGGCAGCAUUAUUAAUGUGUUAUUAAAGCUUGUAUGAAACGGAAAGGGAUUUAUUAAUAAGAGCAAUCAUGAGAUAAUGGCGUCAGCCUCUGUAAGCACAGGGAAUCCAAAGCCUUAGGCCCUGCUAAUUGGCUGCUAAUUUGGACUUACUUGACCAAAUUUGCAGGCAAUUAGCCCAUUUCUGGGUCACAGUAAUUCACUUUUCUGAUCAGUCUGGGUGGGAAAUGUGUAAAGCAUAAGGCCAUAAUAUUCAGUCUGUGCUAGUGGCAUUGUGCAGCCUCCUGUGUCACCUGAUCAGACCAAGUGGGGCCCUGUGGGCACAUUACCAUGUAUUGGCAUUUAACUGGUUAAAGCAAAAUGGUUUCAUGUCACAGCCCACGAUAUAUUGUAAGGAUAUAUACUGUUUCCGUUUAUAUAGCUACAAUAUAUUGGUUUAUAUA